AUGGGUUCCACCGUGAAGAAUAUCUAUUACGGCCUCAUCGGUCAGUUGAUUGCGUGGUUCGUCUACUGGGUGUUCAUGGGAUUCUUCCCCCAAGGAUAUGACGGAGAGAAUACUUCAGUGCUCUAUGCGGCUCUGGUGGUGAUCUCUCUCUACACUUUUGGCUUGAUUUUCCUGAAGAUCGACGAGACAGUGCGUUUUUGGGCACUGAUCUCCUUUACGGGCGGUUUUGCGAUGAACAUGGUGAAGCCCGGUGUGGAGAAUGAACAUUCGACAGGUGGCUUCAAGUUCGAUUACCGUGGAACUGCAGAGAACGGAAUCGUUCUCUUCAUUGUUGCCGGCGUUCUUUCCAUGUUGAUUUUUGCGAUCCCCCCUAUCCUGUCCCUGGAUCGUGGCCAGAAGCGCGUAGUGAUUGUGUUGAAGAAGCUCAAGCAGAACAUCCAGGAGCUGAACACCUACUAUGCUCGGGACACGGCGGGCUUGGACAUUGUUUCCAUCAAGGAAAACUUCGCUUUGCUUACCAAAGAGCUUGAAGAAGCAGAAGCUUACGGUCAAGCAUCCUGGUAUGAAUCCUUGGGCUCCAGCAGCCGGCUACUCCUUACGACGAAGCUGACUUCACUCAUUCGGGACUUGAUCGAGACUGCCCGUCCAUUGUUUAACAUUGUUGCAGAAGAGGAUUUUGGACCAAGUCAUUCAGCCAUGAUGAAGCAUAUCAAGACGCCCAUGACGAACGUCGUCGACAGUACCCUCCGCAUGGUGGAGAUGUUGAUCGACGCCUGUGAGGAUGGGUCUGUAAGCAAAGACGAGAAAGCCAAACUGAAGGCAGAGAUCGAGAAGAUGCCAGGAUUGGUGGACGCGUUGCAGCAGAAGGUUAAAGCGGCCCAGGGGGGAGUUGGCAACAAGAAGAUUCAGGAAGAGGUGCUCGGAGAGCAUUACGUGGUGCUCACGAUCUGCUACCUCGCGCAGAUGGUUCAGGAUCAGUCGAAGUUCUUCAUUGAGUACAAAGGUCGUGGAGGCUUGAUGCAAUGUGGCAACCCACUCGUGGGCCUGUUCACCUAUGACAAGGGCGACCUAAGGUGGGCGGCAACCGCGACACUUUGUCUGCUUGUCAACUUCUUCAUCGGCUAUCGUGGCUGGUGUGACGACGCCGCCCUGGAAGCUUACAAAGCCAACCCAACUGGAGAGGCUCCGGUGUGCUUCAUCAACAAGUACACUGCCGGUCUUGCAAACAUCAAUGUCAUCCUGAUGUCACGCUACAGUGGAGGCACACUCAAGGCAGCAUUGGAGCGAGUGGCUGCUGUGGUCUUCGCUUCUGUUGUGGGUCAGGUUGGUUUCGUGGCCCUCGGCUGGUGCUCCGACAUUACAAGGAUGCUCACGGUGGUCGUGGUGUUUUUCGUGACGUGGGGCUUCAUGUACUUCACCUACGAUGGAAGUGAGAGUUCGAAAGGAAUCGCCCAGCGUCUGGCCGCUAUCACCGUCUCGUCUCUCAUGUCCGACUGCUCCGACGAGUCUGGCACGGCGGUUACCUACUCCAGCUCCUACCACUCGCUCAGUGAGAUCAUUCUUGGUGUUCUUGUCAUGACCCUUUUCGACACCUUGUUCGGAGACAAGCCUGCCGCAUCACAGGCAGCAGAGGCUCUUCAAGAUGCAGUCGAAGGCUACCGCAAGGUGUUCAUCAGAUACUUCAGCGGUGAGAUCGACGACACGCAACUAGCUGGUGCUCUUGUGGGGCCUCAGGCCGACCUAGCAGAGGCCAAGUCUGCCGCCGGCUUCGCGGUGAUGGAGCCGAGGUUCUGGCGCCCGACAUUCAACAACACCCUCUAUGAAACGGUGAUCGCGGCCUAUGAGACUUUCUUCGCCGAGUUGAACAAGAUCAAUCGUGUCCUGGAGGAUGACAAGGGGCUGCUUCUGGACGCGCUGCCGUGCUACGCUCGUCUGAAGGCACAGAUGUUCGGGAUCCUGGACCAGACAACGGGUUUUGUCGUGGCGAGCAUUCGGCGAGAUGGAGAGGAGUUGCACCGCCUGGCAACUGAGAAGAGCAUGAUCGAGCCGACGGUGAUUGGAAUGUUGGUGAACGAUAUGAAUGCACAGCGGGAGGAGCCCAAGUUGAAGGCCAUGCUUGCAGUGUUUUUGGGAUGUUGCAACAGUAUCUGCCGAGUCCGGGACCUUUGA